CUUGACCUCUGUCAAAAAGCACAAAUUGACCCCCAAACAGAAUGUGGUAUACAAGAGGUGAAACAAUUACAAAACUCCCUACCCGAAUACAGAAUUGUGCUUUUCUCUGAUCAAUAUGGUAAUGACAUUGUGUUUCACGGUCCUGAAUCAGCACCUUCACACCCUAGAAAAAACAUUUAUCUCUUACUACAUGAAGCACACUUUUAUGCGAUACUGUCUCCUGCUGCAGUGUUUGCUUUCGCCUAUUUCUGUGACAAGUGUCUUGUGGGUUAUUCAAGUAAAAAUGAUCAUGCAUGCAAGGGGUUUUGUUGGCGUUGUGGUUCUUCAGAAAAUCACAACGCUGAAAAGCACACACUUAAACAGUGUAAAGACUGCUGCCGUUUUUUCUCAGGAGAUGUCUGUUUCAACUUCCACAAGAGUGAGAAAAUUUACAGCCUGAACAGAACAACAUGCGAGACGAAGAAAUUCUGUCCUAAAUGUCAGAAGAGCUAUGAUUACAAAUCACGGGGAAAGGCAAAAGUGCCUGCACACGUUUGUGGUAAAAUCAAGUGUACCAAGUGUAAUUUGCUUGUACCAGAAAAUCACUUGUGCUACAUGCCUCCAUGGACACCGCCUCCCCUAGCCAAGAACACAAGAUUCAUGCAGGUUUUUUUCGACAUCGAAACGACGGUUACAUCACUGGACGGUAGAGAUAACUGGCUGGAGCAUAAGCCCAAUGUUCUCGUUGCACAGCAAGUGUGCACCGAGUGUGAGCACGUGAAAGAUCUGGAGCAUCAGUGCCUAAACUGUGGGGAAAGAGAACAUAUUUUUGACGAUUUAGAAGAAACACCAGGUGAAAAUGUUGUAAGUCAGUUUAUGACAUAUCUGCUUUCACUCUGUUCUGAAGAGAAAACUCACAUCCAAUGUUUCUCUCAUAAUGGUCGAGCUUUCGAUACAAUUUUUAUUCUCCAAGAGUGUGUCAAGAGAAAAAUGAAACCAGAAAUUAUUCUGCAGGGUACGAAGAUCAUCUGCCUGAAGUGUGAAAACCUAAUAUUUAAAGACAGCCUUCUCUUUAUGAAUCAGAAACUGGCCCUGUUACCACGCUCUUUCGCUCUCACAGAACACAAAAAAGGAUAUUUUCCUUUUAAAAUGAAUCAAAGGAAGUGGUUUUCGUACAUAGGACCCAUGCCUGAUAAAGAAUUAUACUUUACAUCGGGUAUGAAAUCAGAGGAGAAAGAAGAGUUUGACAAGUGGUACAAUAAGCAAGUAGAAAACAACUACAUUUUCAAUUUCAAAUAUGAGAUUUUAGCUUACUGCAGUUCAGACACCGAUAUACUCCGCCGAAGUCUGCAGGCCUACAAGGAAUCUUUUAUGGAAAUUGCUGGAUUUGAUCCGCUGCAUCACUGUCUCACACUCUCCUCUGCAUGCAUGGCUAUGUACCGAUACAAACAUUUACAGCCUUACACAAUCGGUCUCAUGCCAAAAGGGGGUUAUAGAAUGGCUGAACUUCAAAGUAAAAUAGCGUUGAAAUGGCUCAGUUAUGAACAGAGUGUUCUGGGUGACACUGCAAAAAUUCGAACGUCAGAAAACGGGCGUGAAGUAAGAGUCAUGGGCAAACCUGUUGACGGAUACACAGAACUACUAAAAGUUGAUGGAACGACAGAAAAAAUAAUUUUUCAGUUCCACGGAUGCUACUUUCACAUGUGUCCAACAUGUUAUCCAGACGUCGCUACGCGACGAAGUUUAAUGCAAAAGCAGGGUGGUGAUAAGUAUGACAAAACAAUGAGGAUCACUGAUAUUUUUAAAAGAAACAACUAUACGGUGCGUGAAAUGUGGGAAUGCCACUUCAGACAUGAGUGUGAACACGACCCCAAAAUGAGAGAGUACUUUGAAACAAAUCCACCGAAAGAAACUCCUGUUCUUAAUCUAAGAGACACUUUGUGUGGCGGACGUACCUCUGCACUGCGCACGUACAAGGAGGCAAAUAUCUUAAAAGGAGAACGCAUCAAGCUGCUCGAUGUCUGCUCUGAAUAUCCUUUUGUCAACUUUAAAUGCGCCUAUGUGACUGGGCAUCCAACGGUAUACCUUGAAAAUGACAACGCCAUGCCCCCCAUUGACCAGUGGAACGGUGCUGCACUUGUCCAAAUUUUACCUCCGAAAAAUUUGUUCUUGCCAGUUUUGGGGAUCAAGUGUUGUUCGAAGUUAAUUUUCCCGCUAUGCCGUACAUGUGCAGAGUCUCAAAAUCAGGGGAAAUGCUCUCACGAAGACCCCCAUGACAGAAUGUUGACUGGCUCCUGGUGCACGAUAGAGUUGCAGUUGGCUGUGGAAAAAGGAUACAAAAUAUUAAAAGUGUAUGAAUUGCUUCAGUACCCUGGUACAAGGGUUUACGAUCCCGUCACAAAAACAGAAGGCCUGUUUUCUUCAUAUGUAAGAGAAAAUAUGGCUCUAAAGUAUGAAGCGUCAGGCUGGCCUUCACAUGUCAUUACCGAAGAAGAAAAAGAUAAAUUCAUACAAGAAAUAUUUGAGAGAGAUGGUAUUGUCAUAAGAAAGGACAAAGUAGAAAAAAAUCCCGGGAAGAGGUUUAUAGCGAAGCUUGUCCUGAACUCAUUCUGGGGUAAAAUGGGAGAGAGAACACUGCGUCCCAUGACUGAAUUAGUCUGCGACUACGGUCAUCUCAUCCGUUUGACACAAAACAGUGGAAUUACGAUCAACUCCAUUCUUCCACUGAGCGAAGGCUGUCUUCAAGUCAGUUAUACUCCCAAACAAGCAAUGGAUGAUUGUCUCAAAACAACUUCACUGAUACAUGCCGCCCAGACAACGGCCCACGGACGUCUGCUUCUGUACAAAUAUUUAGACAUUGUUGGGGAGAGAGCACUUUAUCAUGACACAGACUCUGUGUGUUUCCUAUCGGUCCCAGGACAGCCCGAACCUGAGAUCGGCCAAUAUCUGGGUGAUAUGACGGAUCAAUUAGCUGACGAGUUCGGAGACGGUUCCUACAUCCAGGAAUUUAUUUCUGCGGGUUGCAAAAACUAUGGCAUGUCUGUGGUAGCCCGAGGUGAUCCUAAAGACAUAAAGACCAUCAUCAAAGUAAGGGGAAUCUGCAUAAACACUUCAUGUGACAAUGUUGUCACAAUUGAUCGGCUGAGGGAUAUGGUUCUCUCAGACGAGAAAAAACUUACCACAGUAAACAUACCAUCACAAAUCGCACGCAUUCCUGGCUGGAGGAUAGUGACGCGAGACGCAACAAAGACGUGGCGAGUAUGCUUAACAAAGCGACGCCGAAUAUCUGGAGGGAGAACUGUUCCUUACGGGUACCAGGGCACGCUACUUGACGACGAGGACUACGAUCUUCUCAAUAUUAUGGAAGCUCUCUACGACGAAUAAUUUUGUCUCACAAGGGCCUGCGCCGAGGCCUGUGCCCGUACAGGCGUGCUACGAGUUAUCUGUAUCUCUGCUGACAUCGAUGCGCCGGGUGCGAUCCUGGACGGCGUGCUGCUCCCUAGCGCCGCAGCGCGACACUUCGUGGACACUCUGCUGACACACGACAUUAGCCAUGCCCGACCGAUGCUGCACUCAUCUCGCAAUGCGGACUGCCGCUGCACUGCUACGCCGCGCCGUACGAUCCCGAGCAAAAUAUUAAAGGACUCUCACAGAUUCCAAAAAAGAAACAGAGGGACGCAAAGCGGCGUCGAGAGAAGGUAGUCGCUGUUUAAAUCUAAUAUUUCUAGUCUGCUGUAAUCUUACGUGACUUCUAUGACAAUAUUAUAUUAUCUAGAAUGAAACAGGCAUUGUACCUAGUAUGUUUCGAAACAAUAAAAAAGAGAUCCAUAUUUUAUCGUAUUUUUAUGUUACACACAUCCCGAAUCCUGAAAGAGC